AUGCAUCAAGGCUACGAGCUGCCGAAACGCUUGAAUGGUUUCCCUCGAGUAGCUGAGAAGCUCGCCUCGGACCCUGACAAGACGACCACGACACUUCGACCGGCUGCGGAAUUGGCAGAGCUAGAGGCGGAGCAGGAUAGAUUAGAUCAGGAGGAUAAGGACUCGACGUCAGGAGAGAGAUUCGAUGAUCCGUAUGAUCCGUAUGAUCUCGUCGCGCUGCGCGUGCCGGCGGAUCAAGACCGGCUCUCCGAGUUCAUCUUGAACUAUUUUGGCGGCUUCUUUCUAGCAACAUCAACAGACGCCCGCUCCUCCUACAUCCGCGAAUCCACCCUCGCCAAAACCAUCGCCAUCAUCUCCUCCAUCCUCUUCGCCAUCCUCCUCUUCGGCUCCAUCGCCCCCCUCUACUUCGUGCACAACGGCCUCGCCCUCUUCGGCAUGCUAGGUGGCUGGACCGUCCUCUUCGCCGUCUGCGUCGGCUGGCUGACGAACGCGCGACGCGAUCAGAUCUCUGCGGCGACGGCGGCGUAUUGUGCGGUGCUGGUGGUGUUUGUUAGUGGGACGCUUGGGGGGGCGGGGUCAGGGGGGUGGAACUGUAUCAAUUCCCAGCUUUACACAAUCCAUCUCCAGACUCUCAGGCGGCAGGUUUAA